GUCAGAGGCUGCAGGGCUGCUGAUGGGAGUGACAGUAAGGUGACUGAGAGGAGAGGCACUAUAAAUGACUGCGGUGCUGAACCAGCUCCAGAGACGAGCUGAGACCUGUCCACACCAGGACCCCACCCCSCCAUCCUCACCGAUGGCUGCUAAAACCGAGCUUCCAGGCUGGCCUGACUACCCGGAAGACUUCCCGCUGCUGCAGCAGAGUGACUUCAGCUCCACAACUUGGAUCUCCUCGGACUCAGAGCGCACGGAGGGGCCGGAGGGGAGCGCACUGUCCCCGGCGUCCGUCGGUCGCGCGGCUGGAGGCGGGGGCGCGCAGAGGCACCGGCGCGUGGCCGCCAACGCCCGGGAGCGGAGGAGGAUGCACGGCCUGAACAAGGCCUUCGACGAGCUGCGGAGCGUCAUCCCGUCCCUGGAGAACGAGAAGAAGCUGUCCAAGUACGACACGCUGCAGAUGGCGCAGAUCUACAUCACCGAGCUGUCCGAGCUGCUGGCCGGCGUGGUGCAGCAGGAGUGCCGGGGACCGCCACCACCGCGCUCCGGGAGGAGCCUGGUCCACCCCCUGCGGACUCCAGAGACCCCCACCCUGCAGCAGCAGCAGGAGAGAGACCCACCUGCUCCUCCCAUCAAUCACCUGUUCAUCCUCAGACCUCCACCUGAGUCCACCUCACCUGGAGCCUCUUCCUCCCACAGCAGUGAUGGAGAGUCGCCCCCUCCCAGCGACACGGAGGACAGUCAGACCGGGACACACUGACACCGAGGCUUUACACGAGACAUGCAGUGGACAUGAUUAAUUCCUCAGAUGAACCACAGUAGGCCUUCAGAAGCACUUUAAGGACCUCAGAGACAUUUCCUGUCAUUAGCUGGAUUUUAGAUUUUAUGUCUAAUUGAAACUGGUAUUUUUCUAUUUAUGCAUAUAGUUAAUAUUUUAUGAGAAAUGUUUACAAUAAAGAUUAAAAACACGA